UAUGAAUGUGUUCCAUGCCCCAAAGGGAAGAUUUCAGAACAGAAUGAUAUGGAUGACUGCUUCAAAUGCCCAGAAGAUCAAUAUCCAAACAAUUACAGAGAUGGCUGCAUCCUCAAAUCUAGAAAGUUCCUUUCUUAUGAGGAACCUUUAGGGAUCAGUUUAACCUCAGUUGCCCUAGCCUUUUCCCUAAUCACAGCUUUGGUACUAGGAACUUUUAUUAAGCACAAAGAUACCCCCAUUGUCAAAGCCAACAACCGAGGCCUCACCUACAUUCUCCUGGUCUCCCUCCUGCUCUGCUUCCUCUCGUCUUUGCUAUUCCUUGGACAACCUGGGAAGGUGACCUGCCUUCUCUGUCAACCUACAUUUGGCAUUAAUUUCUCCAUGGCAAUUUCUUGUGUUUUGGCCAAAACCAUCACUGUAGUUCUUGCUUUUGUAGCCACAAAGCCUGGAUCUAGAUUGAUGAAGUACUUGGGCAAACAACUGCCCCAAUUGGUUGUCCUCUCAUGCUUGUUUAUUCAAGCAAGUAUUUGCCUGGUGUGGUUGGAAACCUCUCCCCCAUUCCCUGAGUUAGACAUGCACUCGGUACCUGGAGAAAUAAUUGUGCAAUGUAAUGAAGGGUCAGUUGCCAUGUUUUAUUGUGUCCUGGGCUAUAUGGGCUUCUUGGCCAUUGUCAGCUUCAUUGUGGCAUUCCUAGCCCGCAAGCUACCAGAUAGUUUUAAUGAAGCCAAGUUCAUUACAUUCAGCAUGUUGGUCUUUUGCAGUGUGUGGUUGUCUUUUGUUCCAACCUACCUGAGCACAAGAGGGAAAUACAUGGUCGCUGUGGAGAUCUUCUCCAUUUUGGCCUCCAGUGCUGGGUUACUGGGCUGCAUCUUUGCCCCUAAAUGCUACAUCAUUGUACUCAGGCCUGAGCUGAACAACAGAGAACAACUAAUACGGAGAAAGAAUUAA